AUGGAAAUCGUAGUCCUAGCAGCGAUUCUUCUCAUGUCUCAGGGGAUCCAAAGCCAGGAGAACGUCUCCUGGGAUCAACUAAGAAAGCUUAACGAUGUCGUCACGUCCCGUUUAAAGGAAAGUCUUCAAAAAGCUAGGCUUGCAGAGUGUUCUUCGACUCUCAUGAUGCUUCAGCAAGCAGUCGAGCUACCGAUAUCCCAACUGGCCAAUAAAAUUGAGGCAUUUAAUAUCUUCAAUCGAUCUGGCUCUCCAGCGAGUCUAAAUGGUACUCUAUCCAAGGAAGAACCUGGCCUUCGACAGGGAAACAAAGGCAAGGACAAGAACUUCGAAAAGAGAGUCUUGAAGCUGCUCCGGAAGCUCGGUAUCUACGAUAACUUUACUACGCGCGUUUUUAAUGCGAUUUUUAGCGAUGAAAAGCAGCUAAAAAAACUCAAAAAGAAGCUCGACGAAUUGGGAAAGCAGGAUAAAGCCGCAGACCAAGACGACUUAUGGAGUUUUGUUCACGAACUUUUUUGAACCUGAACUUUAUUGAACUUAUAAUAUUUCAGAUAUAAAUAAA